AUGCAGAUGGAAUCAAGCACUGGCAUGGUCCCGUGGCUGGACCAGCCUGUCAUGCUACACUCGAGUCGUGAUGCGGGUGAAUGUACAAUGACUCCAGAGCAGUGUGCACUCAAGAGUGGUUACUGGGUGUUUUGGUAUGAAGCCGAUCAUCGUUAUGCCCUGCCGACGGUUGCGUUCUUCCUGGUCGCAAUAAUCCUUUUCACCAUUUCUCAUAUUGCUACAAAGGCGGCACCACAAAGCCUAGCACACAAUUCGAUAUGGUCGCGUCUGGUGGCAGCAUGUCGCUUUCUCUCAUAUAAGAGCUGGAGAUUUGGGGGCUGGAAUACACAUUCUCUCGGUGUUUGCUUGCUGGGUGGCGCUGGCGCGGUUUUCUUUUUGGGAGAUCAGCUACGGCAACUCCCCCCUAUUGCUACCCGUGCUGGAUUCUUAGCUCUCGCCUGCAUGCCUUUCCUAAUUAUCCUAGGUGCCAAAGCCAAUCCUAUCACAGCAUUAACUGGAAUUUCCCACGAGAAACUAAACAUCUGGCACAACUGGGUAGCAUGGGCAAUGUUCAUCCUAGCAUUAAUCCACACAUUCCCAUUCAUAGUCUUCCACGCCUGGAAAGGCGAUCUUGUUGCAUCUUGGAGCGAGGGCGGAGUCUGGGUAACAGGUGUGGUCGCGCUUAUAGCGCAAGCAUGGUUGACAUUGAUGUCGAUUCCUUGGAUCCGAAACCGCUAUUACGAAUUCUUCAAAGCAACACACUACUUCAUGGCACUUGUCUUCGUGAUCUUCUUCUUCUUUCACUGUGACUUCCGCAUGUCCUCCUGGGACUACUUCAUUGCCACAGCAGUUAUCUACAGUCUCUGUUGGCUAUACUCCCAAUGCAAAACAUAUCUCGAGCACGGCUUCCGACACAAGGCUAGUCUCGUCCCUGAAACCGAGGACACGCUUCGAGUCACCAUUGAAACCAAGAUGGACUGGACGCCGGGCCAACAUAUUUUCCUCCGUUUCAUGACCUGUGGUGUUCACGCGUUCACGGCCCACCCGUUUACCAUCUGCUCAGUGCCCCACAAAAACAAGAACAAUCAGCUCGUGUUCUACGUCAAGCGACGCGGUGGAUUGACUGGCCGACUGAUGAGUAUGGCGCGGAAGACGCCCGGUGUCCAAGUGCCUGUUUUGCUGGACGGGCCGUAUGGGGGCAUCCCCGAGGACAAGCUCGCAGACUCCAACAAGAGUCUCAUUAUUGGGGGUGGUGCCGGUGCAGGAUUUACGCUUUCAAUGCUGGAGGACUUCGUUCGAUACUCUCCUUUCCAUGAAGGAAAGGCUGAAAUGAAGGUCGUGGUCGCCACACGAGAUCCCGGAAUGCGCGCAUGGUUUAUCCAAGCAUUGGAAGACAUGGCGCUGCGAAAUUCUCAACAAGGGGUUAUUCCAGGUGUUUCUGUUCACAUUCACGAGACUUAUAGUGAGCACCAGGUUAUUGAUACGAAGACGGCGACUGAAACAGUCAUUUCGGAUCUGAAAUCCGAAGAUGAGAAGACCGGCAAUGAAGCUGUUCGGGAGACUACUACCGUCGAAAUGUUUGGUAUCAGCUUCUUCUCCGGUCGUCCGGAACUACCAGCUUUGAUCCAGGAGUUCUCCAGUGAGGAUGGUGUUUCUGUUGGUGUGGUGGUGUGUGGGCCUUCGUCCAUGACCCAUGAUGUGGGUGAGGCUGGAUCUGCUGCUCAGUAUAGAAUUCUUACCAAGGAGAAUAAUUGUGCGAGGGAGGUUUGGCUCCACACUGAGAGCUUUUCGUGA